GAAACUGGGGCCAGCAAUCUCUGAAACCCUAACCGACUAAACCCCACGGCUCGAACUCCCAAAACCCUUCCCCGACCCUUCCCGCCGCCGCCACGCCGACCCCCACCACUUCCUCGCCGCCCGCCCGUCCGCCGUCGCAGCCAUGGACGCCGACGCCUCGCGCCAGGUGCGCGUGCGCUUCGUCACCAAGCUGCCGCCCCCACUACGGGCGCCGCCCGCCGCCAUCGCCGUCCCCGCCGACCUCUCCCGCAUGGGCCUCUCCGAGAUCGUCAACAGCCUCCUCGCCGCCGCCGAACCGGACCACCAGGCGCGGCCCUUUGACUUCCUCGUGGACGGCGAGCUCGUGCGGCUGCCGCUCCAGCAGUUCCUCCUCGCCAAGGGCAUCUCGGCGGAGAGGGUGCUUGAGCUCGAGUAUGUGAAAGCCGUGGCACCAAGGAAGCAGGAGGAACCCUGCCCCCAUGAUGAUUGGGUUAGUGCGGUCGAUGGAUCAAACCCGAGUUUCAUAUUAACAGGAUGCUAUGAUGGUCUUGCAAGAUUAUGGAAAGAUGGAGCAGUAUGCACACAAAUUUUGGAGGGACACAGCGAUGCAAUUACUUCUACCAGAUUCAUCAAUAAAGGAGUUGAAACUGAGGGCAAUCUGCAUGUAGUGACUGGCUCAAAGGAUAGGUCAUUGCGGCUAUACAAGUGUGAUGCAUCGGUCAGUAUGGACUACCCAAAGCGAGUUGGGGCUUACAAAAUUCUUCGUGGGCACACAUCAUCAGUUCAAAGUAUCGCUGUAGACCCUUCAAGUGAUAUGCUCUGUUCUGGUUCCUGGGAUAGCACCAUCAAGUUGUGGGCAAUUGAAGGAUCCGAAGAAGACGGUGAUGCUGUUUCAUUGAAGAAGAGAAGGAUGAAUUCUGACUCAUCUGGACCUGAAGAGUCUCAGUUAGAGGGUUUAGCGACUUCAACAUUUCUGGGACAUACACAAUGUGUUACUGCUGUUACCUGGCCUGAGCAGCAAACAAUAUAUUCAGCAUCUUGGGAUCAUUCUGUUCGGCAGUGGGAUGUCCAAACAGUGAAAGAAACAUGGAAUAUGUUUUGUGGGAAGGCCCUGAAUUGCUUGGACUGUGGCGGUGAGGGCUCUUCGUUGAUUGCUGCUGGAGGCUCUGACCCCAUCCUGAGGGUAUGGGACCCUCGCAAACCUGGAACAUUAGCUCCUGUUUUUCAGUUCUCCUCUCACUCAAGCUGGAUCACUGCCUGUAAAUGGCAUCCAAGCUCCUGGUUCCAUCUGGUAUCAUCUUCAUUUGAUGGGAAAGUCAUGUUGUGGGAUCUAAGAACAGCAUGGCCACUGGCUUCCGUGGACUCGCACAAAGAUAAGGUUUUAUGUGCCGACUGGUGGAAAGGGAACAGUGUGAUCAGUGGUGGAGCUGAUUCCAAGCUAUGUAUCGCAUAUGGUAUUGAAAUUGUGUGAAAGUUUUCUGUCGUGCUUCUUGAGUCCAUGGUACUGAGGUGCAAUGACAAACAAUGUUGGUCAACAAGCCAUACCUAAAAGCCAAACAAUGUCAAUUAUGGUUGGGAACAUAUGCAACCUUUCAGUCAGAUCAAGAUACAGCACAGGGCUUGGCAUUUUUGUAUGCACUUAUGCAUGAGUAUGCAUAAGUAAGAUCCAUAGUAACGGAUCACUACAUUUUGCUCUUCAACUUUUUUGUUUGUUACUUCAUUGGUGAAAUUGACACCAGAAUUGUUGUAUUAUGCCAAGAUCAUGAAUUACAAGUCAGUUGAUUGUUGGCUGGUUGCUGUGUUUUA